AUUGUCAAAUGUCAAUUGACCGACUAAAGACAAGAUAGAAAUUCUACAUAAAAAUGUUAAUUACACACUAAUAAACCAUAUCAAAUAUUGAAAAAUGCCAAUAAAUGCUAACCAAAUACAAUCGCACAUUAAUUUAACCAACAACAAAUCGAAAAACUGAAAAGUGCCCAAUUGGAGGUUAUGUUAUGUAGUUUCAAAACAAUAAAUGUACAUCUUUCGUUUGAGCCUGAAGAGGAGAAUAUCAGUAUGCGUACUGAUCACGUGCCAGGUCUUUCUAAUGCUAAUUUACUUUUACGCCCAAUUCGAACCGAAUAAAGAAACGUCCGAAGGGAAUGGGAUAAAGUUCCUGCAGAAUUCCGAAGAGUUCGGAGACCAACGGGCGACAUAUCACACGUCGAAAAGCAACAUCAUCCUCAAAACGGCGAGCACCCGACGGAAUUUCGUCGAUUUCAACUCGAGUUUGUGCUUCAAAAACGGCACCGAUUUGCCUUCGAUGAAAAUCAACCGAGCCAAAUGGAAAUGCAACUGCCUGCCCGGCUGGCACGGAAACGACUGCGGAUUCCCCGAGGUCCUGUGGAGGGCCGUUUUGGCCAGCAAGAAACCCGUCAAAAUCAAAGGACCGAGAACGUUCGAAAGAAGAUUAAUUUACCUGUUUAAAAUCGACCGGUUUUCCGAGUACAUAGCCGAUAUUCGAAUCAACGAUUUAGGCAGCAUCGUAGAUCUCUUCAUACUGUACGAGGACGACACAUCAGACUAUCUCAGGCGCAAGUUGGACGCGGACUUUUGCAAGGAAUACCAGCACAAGAUCCUCUACGCCAAAAGCGACGGGACGAACUUGUGGAAACGGCUAAAGGGAUAUUUGAAAAAUUUACGCAACGACGAUAUUGUCCUUUCGAGCGAUUCCAACGAAAUACCCAACAGGGACGCUCUGAUUUUCCUGAAAUUCUACGAUCAGUGGCCGCAGCCCGUCAAGUUCCGAUACCGUUGGUCGGUGUUCGGGUUCUACUGGAUGCAUCCCAGCAAAACCAUUACAGGUGGAGGAGCUUGCACGGUGUCGUUCCUGAAAGAAUCGUUCAAUAACGACGUUAAGCUGUUGAAUGACAACAAAACUCUCUCGAGUCCCGCUUAUAAAGGCCUCACGUUGGGCGACUUGAAUCACUACGGUGGAUGGUACUGCGAGUAUUGCAACAAUCCUGCCGAAAUCGUACAAUUCCUAGCUAGUAAGCCUACUAAUGUGAUAAACUGGAAUAGGAUCGAGCACCAAAAAGUAGAUAAUAAUUAUAUAGAGGAUUUGAUUGAGAACGGAGUGUAUGUAGAUGGUAAAACUGAGCUUAAAAAGGCGCACAAAUACAAGGAUAUGUACUUUGCACCGAAAUUUGUAAUGGAGCACGAUUGGAAAUACGAUUUUCUACUCAUAAAUUUUUAUUCCAAAGCGGAUUACUACGACAUUUAGUUUUUAAUUACUGUAAUCAUUAUUUUAUUUAAGCUUAAUUUAUUAUAAUCAGCUAUAGUACGUUUUUUUACAUAGCUUUGAGUGUAGCUGUAACACUUUUGCGUUUUAUUGGUUUUUGUGAUAAUUUAACCCUUCAUAUGUGAUUAGUACCCCAAACACCGAAUAUCAACUGAUAAUUGUUAACGAAAUAAACGAUAAAUUAAAAUCAUUUCAUUUAACUUUCCCUCUCCUAUUGUAAAUAAAAUAAAACUCACCAGUUAUGCUUCAACAGGGCC